AUGGGGACUAGUGGGUCGAAGAAUCUCGAUAGCGGCUCCCAUGGCGGUGAAGAGCGAGAGGAAAACCUAGACCAAGCCGGCGGUCAGCUCUAUGUAUCCUUGAAAAUGGAGAAUUACAAGCUCAAAGGAGAACUCAUCCCUCACGUUUACGGCUCCGUCCCUCUCGUCGGCUCUUGGGAUUCUUCUAAAGCUCUUGCGAUGGAGCGUGAAUCGACGUCAAUGUGGGAAUUGAGUUUUGUUGUUCCGCCUAACCACGAAACUUUGGACUUCAAGUUCCUUUUGAAGCCAAAGUACAGUAACACACCUUGUGUAGUUGAGGAGGGUCUAAACCGGGUCCUCACUGGGGGGACCUUGCAAGGGGAUGCGAGGCUGGCCCUGUUUAGGCUGAAUGGGGAUGAGGUUCUUGAGUCUCGGGUAUUCAUUAAGGCUGAUAGGGUCUCGCCAUUUGAUCUUGCGGCUAGUUGGAGAGCUUAUCAGGAGAAUCUCAAGCCUUCAACAGUUCGUGGAAUUCCUGAUGUUAGCAUUAAUGCUGUCCCAGAGAUGGGUGCUGAGAAUGGCUCUUCAGCAAGCCUGGAGCUUGAUCUUGAACAUUAUGUUGUUCCUGCUCCUGCAACUUCUGCAAAUUCAGGUCUGGUUUAUGCAGCUAACAUGGCAGAGACUCCAAGGUCAUUGACCCAUCUUGGGGUAUUCUCCAACACAGAUAGCUCAGGUGGUGCUUCAUAUUCCAAUAAGGAUGCUGGUGUUUCUGUUGAUCGGCCUGCAACUAUAAAGGAGAUGGAGGUCAUUGUCCCUGAUCCAUCCAAAGUGUAUUCAGGUUCUGGCAUGGUUGAAUCAAAGUCAGUAGGGACAUUUUCACCGUUGCAAAAGCAAGAUAGUCACAGGGGACUCUUUGUGGAUAGGGGUGUGGGAUCCCCCAGGCUAGUUAAGUCAGCUAGUGCUGCUACAUUCACUGCUGAUCUCAAACUAGACUCAGAAACCAAGAAUGCAAUGCCAGCAGCUGCUGGAGCUGUUGCAGCUGCUGCUGUAGCUGAUCAGAUGCUUGGUCCGAAAGAGGAUAGACAUUUGGCAAUUGUCCUGGUUGGCUUGCCAGCUCGAGGUAAAACUUUUACUGCAGCUAAACUUACAAGAUAUCUUCGCUGGUUGGGUCAUGAGACCAAACACUUCAAUGUUGGAAAGUAUCGACGUCUCAAGCAUGGAACUAAUCAGACUGCUGAUUUCUUCCGAGGUGACAAUCCUGAAGGCAUGGAGGCCCGCAAUGAGGUAGCAGCCCUGGCAAUGGAUGAUAUGAUAUCUUGGAUGCAAGAGGGCGGCCAGGUUGGAAUAUUCGAUGCCACAAACAGUACCAGGAAACGAAGGAAUAUGCUGAUGAAAAUGGCUGAGGGAAAUUGCAAGAUUAUUUUUUUGGAAACAAUCUGCAAUGAUGAGCGCAUUAUUGAAAGAAAUAUACGUCUUAAAAUUCAACAAAGCCCUGACUAUGCAGAAGAGCCUGACUUUGAAGCUGGAUUACAGGACUUCAAAAUUCGAUUAGCAAAUUAUGAAAAAGUUUAUGAGCCAGUGGAAGAAGGCUCUUACAUCAAAAUGAUUGAUAUGGUUGGUGGCCAAGAUGGACAGAUACAGGUCAACAAUAUCAGUGGCUAUCUUCCUGGGCGGAUUGUGUUUUUCUUGGUUAAUACACAUCUCACACCCCGACCAAUUUUACUUACUAGGCAUGGAGAGAGUCGGGAUAAUGUUAGAGGUAGAAUUGGGGGUGACACUGCAUUAAGUGAUGCAGGAGAACUUUAUGCAAAGAAACUUUCUACCUUCGUGGAAAAGAGACUGAAACCUGAAAGGGCUGCUUCUAUAUGGACUAGCACACUGCAGAGAACAAUUUUAACGGCAAGUCCAAUUGUUGGGUUCCCAAAGAUACAAUGGCGUGCACUUGAUGAGAUAAAUGCUGGAGUGUGUGAUGGAAUGACAUAUGAAGAGAUAAAGAAGAACAUGCCUGAGGAAUACGAGUCACGUAAGAAGGACAAGCUGAGGUAUCGGUAUCCUCGUGGUGAAUCUUACCUGGAUGUUAUCCAAAGGCUGGAGCCUGUAAUCAUUGAGCUUGAACGGCAACGAGCACCUGUUGUAGUGAUAUCUCACCAGGCGGUAUUGAGAGCGUUAUAUGCUUACUUUGCUGACAGGCCUUUGAAAGAAAUCCCACACAUUGAGACUCUGAGGUGGGCAGAAAAAGGGUGUUGCUCCCCUGUAGGAUAGGAUAGAUCUUCAACUCCAUAGUUCGAAUUACACUUCUGAUCGGAUGUUUAAAAAAGCCAUUAUAAGCCCAGAACUUGGUGGAGCCUUUCUAAUGCUAGCUUCAAUGACAUAUAUAAAAUUCACAAUGAUCUACAAGAUUGGGGUUAGAAUUACCACAUCAUUUUAUGAAUAAAUUCCUUUUCUAGGAGAAGAAAACAAUCCAAAGUUGGCCAAGUUACACCCUGACAAACUUAAUG